GUGACAGCUCGGCGCCUCAUGAUGGUGUGCAUGUUCCGCGUUUUGCAGUCGGGUUCCGUGUUUGCCGCGCGGCUCCGAAAGCAGGAUUGGGCGCGCAAGUUGGCGGGCCUUUCAUUCGGAUACUACAGCACCAAGACGGCACCUCAGAUACCGGGCAUGGAGUACCAGGAUGCCAUCUGCACUCUGAACACUCUACAGACCAAUGCCGGUGCUCUGGAGCAGGUACGACGGGAGCGGAGCCACCCUCAGCUGCAGCUCCAGGCCAUGAGAGGCUUCUUGGAGCGAGCCGGUCUCACAGUGGAGGAACUAAACCAUCUCAAUAUUAUUCAUGUGACGGGAACAAAGGGCAAGGGGUCAACAUGUGCAUUCACUGAGCAGAUUUUAAGAAGUUAUGGGUUCCGCACAGGAUUUUACAGUUCCCCACACUUGGUACAAGUCAGGGAGAGGAUUCGAAUCAAUGGACAGCCCAUUGGAAAAGAACUCUUCACUAAAUACUUCUGGCAGGUUUAUGGACGGCUGGAUGAAACUAAGGAUGCCCAUGGAGGGACGAUGCCAGCGUACUUCCGCUUCCUCACCAUAUUGGCCUUCCAUGUGUUUCUUCAGGAGAAGGUGGAUUUAGCUGUAAUUGAAGUUGGAAUUGGUGGAGCAUAUGACUGCACCAAUAUUAUAAGUCAGCCGUGGGUUUGUGGCAUUUCCUCUCUGGGUAUAGACCACACACAGAUUCUUGGAGACACCAUUGAGAAGAUCGCCUGGCAAAAAGGAGGCAUCUUUAAGCCAGGGGUUCCUGCCUUCACAACCAAACAGCCAGAACAUGCAAUGACUGUGCUCAAAGAGAGAGCCAAAGACAUAGGAUGUCCUCUGUGGGUGUGUCCAGACCUAGAGGACUAUCAGGGAGACUGUGGACCUCUGCGUCUGGGCCUGGCAGGACUGCACCAGCACUCCAACGCCGCCCUGGCUCUCCAGCUGACUCACGUCUGGCUGCAGAAAAGAUGUCUACCAGAUAAAAGUUUUCCCUCCACCACUGCUGAGAACACGGGUUCGCUUCAGGCAAAGUCAUUCAAACCCAGUCCCAUCAUGGUGAAAGGCCUGGCAGACACAGAGUGGCCUGGGAGGAACCAGACUCUGAGACACGGUGCAGUCACCUACUUCCUGGAUGGAGCUCACACGAUGCGCAGCAUGCAGGCCUGUGUGCAGUGGUUCAGAGAGACCGCAGCGCAGCAUGAGAGGAAUGCAACCGGCUCUGUGGCCAGAGUUUUACUGUUCAAUGCUACAGGAGAGAGAGACUCAGCAGCCAUGCUCAAACUACUGGUGCCGUGUCAGUUUGACUUCGUCGUGUUCUGCCCAAACAUCACUGAAGCCAUCGCCUCCUGUAACGCAGACCAGCAGAACUUUAACGUCUCGGUGGAGAACAUGUUGACUCGCUGCCUGGACAACGAGAGGAGCUGGUAUCUCCAUCACAGCAGGAGGGACAACACAGUUUCCCAGCUGCUGAUCCAGGACACCCUGCCCAUGGUCCCUGAGAAGACGGCAGACACCCUGGUGUUCCCCUGCAUCCUGAGCGCCCUCCAGUGGAUCACGCAGGGCAGGGAUCCGGUGCUGGGAGACCCAGCUAACAGAGUCUUCACAGUGAAACCCAGUAUCACAGCCAAAGCUGCUCCGCUCUGCGACGCAGCCGAGAUCCACAUCCUCAUCACGGGGAGCCUCCACCUGGUGGGAGGGGCUCUCAAACACCUCGACCCGGCUUCCUCCAAGUGACAGGAUCAUGUGACAUCAGUGGAUUCAGACAGUUUGAAAUUAUUAUGGGUGCUAUGCUUGUAUGAAUUUGCCCUCGUGGAAGAAAGAUAAUUGUUGUGUAGAUGAAGUUUUUGACU